AUGCCGGUAAACCGUUUGGGAAUGUACCAAGUCAAUGGUCCGAUGCCGGAAAUCACGAAUACUAUAGCAGAUGACACAGAACUAGGUACGUUCCACAAGGUCUCCCUGACGCUCCGACUAAGGCGCGAAAACGAGGUCGAAUUAGCACAUGAGGGGCGUGAGUUCAACAAGGAUUCAUCAGAGCUGUGGGACUUAUUCGAACAAAUCUACCGUCCCGACGCCAAAGUGGAGUGGAUAGAAUUCGUUAAUAAUCCCAGCGAAAGUAGUAGUGUUUACUGCAGCAUUACUGAUAAACAGCAAAGAAGCAUAGAAGAGAUUAAGAUGACCUGGCAAUAUGAAUUGAAUGGCUCCAACUAG